AUGGCGUUUCGAUCGUUCUCGUGCCCAUCAGGGAGACUGGGAGGAUGGCUCCUCGUUUGCUUGCAGGUAGCAGAUUGGGCUGUAUGUUCGCAGGCUCGGAAGGCUGCGGUCGCUGUUUUGCCACAGGACCCUUUCUAUCCUGGGGAGAACUUCAAGACUAUUGAAGACCGAGGAGCAGAGGGUGAGGCUGACGACGAUCAUCCUAAGGCUCUGGUGGAAAAUUGUAGUAGUACAAUCUUCAAAAGCUGCAUGAGUAAUGUAGUACAAAAAAGCAAUGCAGAAGACCACGGAGGAGAAGGUGGAUCAUGUGCGCAGAAAGUUACAACAUCGUCGACAAAAGAAAGAAAAGGACUAUCUCCUUGUUGCCACGAAAAGGCGCUCGACGUCGAUGGAGAUGUGGAAUCUCCCGAAUCUGGCACGACUUUCGAUGAAGGGUAUCAGUCGACAACGCCAUCAAACGUCAUGACCAUAAAUCUCGACGAAAUUGCGUCGCCCGAUGUCCUGCCAAACGGAGAAGAUCAAAUGGUGAUAUCCGCGGACGUUCACGGCGACACGUCUAAGCAUCAGCUGCAUACUACGAAGCAGGAGGGCACCGAGACGACGGACCAAUUGCAAAUAUCAACUUGUGCUCGAGACGCCUCCCAUCAACAUCAAGCAGCUACUCCAGAAAUGGACGAUGAAGUGCUGAAAGUGAAGACUACUUCUACCGCAAAGGCCCUUGAGCUUAGCGACGACGACGAGGAGCCUCCUGACGACUGCCGGCCAACUAAGAAGAUCGACGAUUCUUGGCUGUCUUCAUCGCGAUUGAAAAAUAUUUUCAGGAGCAGAUCGAUGAACGCCAACGCCAACGCAGACAAGAGCGAGAACCACCAGAAUUCGGCUCCACUAUUCCCGCCACCUCCAGCGUCACUCCUGUCUCGGAUUUCGAACGCAGAGCCACUUAGUGAUCUCAGACGUCGCUGGAAGUGUGGUGGCAAAUGCGGCAAAUGUCAGAACUGCAAGCGACAGAUCAAUAUUCACACCAGAAGCAUACCGCAAAUUACGGCAAGUAGUACAGUGUUUGCCUUUGCGUUCUUAGUAUUUCCUAUUUUACCAAUCAGAACAUCUUCGACAGUCAACACCAAGAAGAGGUGAAGCGGAGUACUGCAUUCGGUGUUCUACAGUCGUUGCACGUGGUCACUUUUAUUAUGAUAGCUUGUAAAGCUAGAGCUACCUAAAUCUGUGGUAAUAAGCCUAUAUUUAAUUUAAGAGUUGUGCAGCUUGUUCAUCAUGUUCUAAUCAAACUCCGUCUCGACUAUCAGCAGUGCUAACGCGAGCACGUCAAGCUACAUCACGGAGAAUCGUUGCUCCGUUUACCAACUAUCCCUUAAGGAGUCAGUACAAGAGCUUCGCCUUCUGCACUAUGCGCAUGAUGCCGCAGGAGCGUGGCUAUCGCAGAUUCAUGUCACCUGUGUUACCGCAGCAGCGAGGAUCAUCUGGAGGACUCGGAAGUACUGUGAAGAUGAUAUCUGGGGUGCCUUCUGCGUUACUGAUGUCAGGAAAAACACUCUUUCUGCAGGGACAGAGAGCGCUCAGGGCAGCGUGUACAGCUAACAGGCAGCCAAAAAAUCACAGAAAUAUAUCGUCGACAACAACAUCAUCAUCAUCAACAUCUUCUUCCGGCGCUGCGACUCUGCAAAACGCAUCACCUACAUGCGCAGUCGGUGAGUCGAACCGGCAGACCGGACGAUCGUGUAGUAUGUGCUUGCAGAGGUGCAAAAAAAGAUGCUAGCAAGAGGAGAAGCAUAAGAAUUAUUCGCUUUUGAUGUUUUUAUGUGGCCACGAAGCGUAUCUAUGUAUACGUAUCGACGUCCUCCAAACAAUAGCACUACGUGGUCUACGUCGCACAGAGUUAUUUUUGAAAACGUCACAGGUUAUUGUUUAUCACAGCUUUUUUGUGAUAAUUUUUUGUUGAAGAAAACGCAUGGUUGUGGAUCCAAUGUCAAGCAGAAGAAGUGGAGAAUCUGUGACUUCGUAAAAGGACCAAGCGGCACUUUUCGAAACAUAUGAAACUAGGUAACGUAAGGUAGAAAUAGAGGUAAGAUGAUUGACUUUGACCUGGAAUGCAACAACUCCUUGCUAAGUAGUUGAGAGAAAGUGACGGUGACCCAUACUCAGAGCUACAAUUUCAAUCACUCUGCCCCUGUCGCUUACCCAGUAGUUUCGAGUUUUCUUCGAUUGAUGUUGAAUCAGCAUACUCAUACUAUGUUAGUCUUAGUACGGCGCCAACAUAGCAUCUAUUUUCUACUCAUCAAAAUCCUAUCUAUCAUGGAAAGAUAGGAUAUCCUUUCAUUUCAACUACAUGGACGACGACGCAACAUGAACAUGCAUAUUCGACCGCGAUUAAUGCAGAUAAUUCGUGCUUGAGAAACGCCAAGUUUAUAUGCUAAGGCAUUUUUUGUUUCUAAACAUAAUUCACAGCAUAUCACCGGCAUGCACAUAGUCUAUAUUUUGUAGACCUUUCUGACUUGUGGUUGAUACAGGUACUUAUUGGUAAUAAUGCAAAAUGAGAACCGGUAGGCUUUUUUUAUCUACAACCCCUUUUUUUGAGAAACGCUUGACUUGUUUCCUGCAAAUAGCAAACUAAUGUGCCACGAUGGUACGAAAAGAUACCGACUCCCACCUAGUCGGGCAGCACAUGCUGCCCCAAGACUUUCACUCUGUGUCUAACAUUCUCG